ACCAAAAGCGAGGCAGGGGAACGACCAGGUCUGACGCUUUGUCUCUUUUGUGCUGGGUGCUGGAGAUGAGCCUAGGCUUGACCUGACCAUGAUUCCAAGGACUGGCACUUCUUUUUUACCCCCAGUUUGUAGAGAUCCAGACCUUCUCUUCCUGAUUGUCAAGAAAAUUAAAGUGUUGCUGAAUUUGGGAAUCUAGGCAGCACCAGCUUACUUUUUCCCUGCAUCUCUCUGGAAUCAUUUCUGGGAUAUUUUCCAAACCAUCACAGAAAGCAGGAGGAAUGAACCGUCAGCUAGUGAAAAUUUUGACAACCUUGUUUGCAUUUUUCUUAGAGACGAACCACUUCAGGGCGACUUUCUGUAAAGAACAUGAUUCAAGAUCUGGAAAAUCCCCCUCACAGACCCUGUCUCCUUCAGAUUUUUUGGACAAAUUAAUGGGAAGGACUUCGGGGUAUGAUGCUAGAAUCAGACCAAAUUUUAAAGGUCCUCCAGUAAACGUUACUUGCAAUAUUUUUAUCAACAGUUUUGGAUCAGUCACAGAAACCACAAUGGACUACAGAGUGAACAUUUUUUUGAGACAGCAGUGGAAUGACUCACGUCUGGCUUACAGCGAAUAUCCUGAUGAUUCUCUGGAUUUGGAUCCCUCUAUGUUGGACUCUAUUUGGAAGCCAGAUUUAUUCUUUGCCAAUGAGAAGGGAGCAAACUUCCACGAUGUCACAACAGACAACAAGUUGUUGAGGAUUUCUAAAACUGGAAAAGUGUUGUACAGUAUCAGGCUUACUUUAACCUUAUCCUGUCCCAUGGACUUGAAGAAUUUUCCUAUGGAUGUACAGACAUGUACAAUGCAGCUAGAGAGCUUUGGCUACACUAUGAAUGAUCUGAUAUUUGAGUGGUUAAGUGAUGGACCUGUGCAAGUUGCAGAGGGUUUAACCUUGCCACAGUUUAUUUUGAAAGAAGAUAAAGAACUUGGUUAUUGCACAAAACAUUACAACACUGGAAAGUUUACAUGCAUUGAAGUCAAGUUUCAUUUGGAGCGUCAGAUGGGAUACUAUUUAAUCCAGAUGUACAUUCCUAGCCUGCUGAUUGUCAUUUUGUCCUGGGUUUCUUUCUGGAUCAACAUGGAUGCUGCUCCAGCUAGAGUUGCUCUGGGUAUCACUACAGUUUUGACAAUGACUACGCAAAGUUCAGGAUCGAGAGCUUCCCUCCCAAAAGUCUCCUAUGUAAAAGCUAUUGACAUCUGGAUGGCCGUGUGCCUUCUCUUUGUCUUUGCUGCAUUACUGGAAUAUGCAGCAGUCAACUUUGUUUCACGACAGCACAAGGAGUUUCUGAGGCUUCGAAGAAGGCAAAGAAGACAAAAUAAGGAAGAUGAAGUGGCUCGUGACAGUCGAUUCAAUUUCAGUGGCUAUGGCAUGGGUCACUGCCUCCAAGUCAAAGAUGGCACAGCAGUCAAGGCUGCUCCACCCAACCCACCUCCAGCACCACCAAAGGAUUCAGAUUCCAUCAAAAAGAAGUUUGUUGACCGUGCAAAAAGGAUUGAUACAAUAUCCCGUGCUGCUUUCCCACUCGCCUUCCUCAUUUUCAACAUCUUUUACUGGAUUACAUACAAAAUUAUACGGCAUGAGGACAUUCACAAGAAAUAG